UUCCUGGGGAUAUUAUCCUCCAAAUAUACCCACCCUACUGGAUGCUAAUAGUCCGCCGCAGUUGUUCCAGCCGACGCAGGCCAUGCCUCUGCUGAGCCCUAAUUCCCUUCUCUCGUCCCCUCACAUCGCAACCAUAAAUAGCGUUAGGUUUUUUCCCACAGGCCGGUCGGGGCUUCUCAAUCCGACGACACUUCAUCGAUUCUACUCUUCGCGUCUCUCCUGGCAGGCAUCGUCUCCGAUGGCUACUCCCUCAUCGCAAGACAACGGCGGCGUUCCUGGCGUGGCGGCCUCAAAAUCAUCUGGUUUUAUUAUAUCCCAGAACGGCGUUCCUGGAUCGAGCAUGGAGUCAUUUUUUUUUUUUUUUUCAUGUGUGAUUUUGUCUUUACUCAAUAAGUGGUUGGCAUUUGCAGCAGAUCGGAUUGGAGAAAUCAAAAGAAUUACCAAGGAGACUAACGUACAUGUAAAUAUAAACUUGGAUGGCUCAGGUGUCAGUGAAUGUAGUACUGGGAUUCCUUUUUUGGAUCACAUGUUGGAUCAACUAGCAUCACAUGGAUUAUUUGAUGUGCAUGUAAGGGCUACAGGUGACAUCCAUAUUGAUGACCAUCAUACAAACGAAGAUGUUGCUCUUGCAAUUGGAACGGCACUACUUCAGGCACUUGGAGACAGGAAGGGAAUUUGUAGAUUUGGGCAUAUUGCCGUACCGCUUGAUGAAGCUGCUGUCGAAGUGAUAUUGGAUUUAUCCGGUCGUCCUCACUUGAGUUGUGAUUUAACCAUCCCAACUGAAAGAGUCGGAACAUAUGACACACAGCUAGUGGAGCACUUCUUUCAAUCACUCGUGAACACUUCUGGGAUGACCCUCCAUAUUCGUCAGCUUGCUGGUAAAAAUUCUCACCAUAUUAUUGAAGCUACUUUUAAGGCUUUUGCAAGAGCUCUUCGUCAAGCAGUAGAAUAUGACUUGCGUCGAGGAGGGAGUGUCCCGAGCUCCAAAGGGGUCCUUUCACGUUCCUAAGGCAUAAGUUUUGUUUGGUGUUGACCAUGAGAGGUAUUCGCUGUUUGCGACACAAGUGAUUUGAAUAAAUUGCUCCGAAUACCGUCCUAUCACUUAAGUAUGUUUGAAUAGAAGAAUAGCAACAUCUACUGUCUCUCUAUUAUUAUUAUUAUUAUUAUUUUUAACUGAAACCUAUUCCUCACUAUGUUUCUCUGGAUGAUUACUAUGGGUGUAAGAGUAUUGAAGUCAUGAUGGAUAGUUAUUUCUCAUGUUUUAUCCCUAA